AUGGACGGCGGAACAGCUUCUCAAAAAGUGAAGCAAGUAGAGCUCCCCCUAGUGGUGGCUGCCAAGAAGCAGUUCCAGUUUGUGUCUCAGAGACACAGAGGUUUCCCCUUCAGCGCCACGUUGUACGUUAACGGCAUCAUGGCGGCCAGGAUCAGCUCCUGCUGCGAGUACCGCUACGCUCCCGGCUUCCAGCAGGGGAGGAAGAGCUGCUUCCGGCUGGCCUGGCUGGCUGGAGGGGUGCCCUGCUACAGAUGUACGAGUCUCCGAAACAAAUACAGCUCCUGCCAGCAGCUGAGCAACGGCACAAAGGAGAACUUAAUUCUCCCCUUACAGCAGAACACUGGCAACGUUACAAGGCCUGGAAAUGAAGCGGGCCCCUUCGAGUCAUGUCCAUCAUCCCCUCUUUUCAUCCCGGCCAAACCCGUACAGAAGUCAGUCCGGAGGACGAGAAAACACAUCAAGGAAGGCGGCGCAGGGUCCACAGACAGCGAGGACCUCGGCGUGGCCGGAAUUAAAGGGACCUCCGAGAAGAAACGACGCAAGGGUCAAACUAAUCAGAGGCAGAGCAAAGGCAAGGCAGCUGGAAAUAACAAAGGGGAAGAGGAACGGGACGGCGAGGGCUCAGAAAGGUCAGCGGCGUCGUCUGCCAGGCUCGAAAAAAACGCGAGCAACGUCGCAGAUCAGCAGACAGGGCGGCCGCUAGCGAACAAGACAAGCAAAGCUCCCGCUGAGCUCUGUUUGACUCAUUAUUCAUUGCAGGAUGAGGAAGGCCUGACUCAGCAGAACGGAGAGAAACAGAAGGACCUGGGAUCAAAUGUGAAAAGCAGAGAUGGGGAAAGACAGAAGGACUUCUAUGAGGAGUUUGUGGAAAUGAGUGCUGCGCUGAAGCGGGGCCCAAACAAACACCAGUGGUUCAAGGCAAACAUCCUGGAGAGGUGUCGGCUCCAGAAGAAGCUGUCAUCGAACCCGAGAGCUCAGAGGGGCUCAGAUGUGGAGCUCAGCCCAGAGAGCGACUCCGGCCCGAGGCCUGAUGAUGAGGAGCCAGGGAAGGAGGAGGAGGAGGAGGAGGAGGAGGAGGACGCACCCAGCCAGAACCCUGAGGUAGAAGAGGCGUCUAAAGAACAAGACCUGCAGGCACAGCUCGACGCCAUGAUGACGGUGCUGAUGACGUCCGAUGAGGUGGAGCAGCUGGUUCUGAGGAACACGGACCUGACGGACGAGCUCCUGCUGGGCCUGGCGGGGGCGCUGAAGAGCAGCCUGUCCGAGGUCACGCAGCUCAACCUCAACCUCAACCUCAUCGGCCCUUACGGCGCUCACAUCCUGCUGGACGUCCUCCGGGUGAAGCCUCAGGUCAAAGCCUUGCACUUGUUUGGAAACAAACUGCGUGACCAUGGAGUCCUGACCCUGCUGAAUGGAAUAGCCGAGCUUCAGGAGCAAACAGCAAGAGCCGCUGCCGUCAUCCAGCAGGCCAUGCUUUUCCCAUCGGAGCAGAACGCGCUGCUGCAGCUCCCCACCGGGUGGAGCUCCUUCAGGCUUUUUGCGCUUUUGGAACUGGAUAUCGGGGGAAACGGCCUGGGCAGCGACGGGGUGAAGGCCUUAGCAUCAUACAUGAGGUCCCACUCACAUCUCCAGUACCUGGGGCUGGCACAGACCAGCGGCGCAGAUCUGGCCGCGUGGAAGGAACUUUUCGACAGCCUGAGAGGAAACAGCUCCCUGACUCAGAUCAUCCUGGACGAGAACAACCUGGGGGACCCCGGGGUCAGGCUGCUGGCCGACGUGCUGAAAGAGAGCGCGAGUCUGCGGCAGGUGGAUCUGGACGGGAACGGCGUCAGCGACGUGGGCGGAAAUGACAUCAUGGCGGCGCUGCUUUGCAGGACGCAGUUUCCACUGAGACAUCUGAGCCUCCAGGAGAACGACAUCAGCGCGGGACUAAUGAGCAGGAUACAGGAGGAGGUAAAAUAUAAAUGAGGGGGUGAAUCCACAAGAAAACCGAGCAGCAUAAACAGAGCAGCAAUUUGAAAACUCUUCGUUUACAUUCUGAGGUCAGAGAGGAAAACUAAAAAACUGACUCAUUUGACUCGUUUGACCGCCAAACACACACACACACACACACACACACACAGAAGAUCUCUUCCUGCCUAUAACCGGGUGGCACUGCCAACAAAUGCUGCGUCUCAGUUUAGUCCAGGUAGUGUAGGAGGCUUGUUUGCUCUCGGGCUGCGCUCUGGUCUGGAUGCAGCUUCAAAGAGAUAUCAGUGAACUGAACCUUUCUUCUUUGUGGCGAGGUUACAUCUUCACCCUGACAUUUUUUCUUCUCCUUCCCACCAGUGUUACACCUACUUUUGCUAAAAAUCGUCUCCGGCACAAAGCUCACUGAUCCCGCUGUCAUUUUAUUCAGUAAAUUGCUGCCUCCUGCCACACACAUAAAAAAAGAAGAAGAAGAAGAAAGAAAGAAACCGUGGUGAUUCAUUCCUCCCACAGUAUUUCUUUCCAAGUGGACUUUUUUUCUUUCCCCAGAACAUUAAAGUAGCCCUCAUCUGAUCGCCUUUCUCCGCUCCCACAAAUCAAAAGAGUUAUGGACAGCUAAGCCAUACGCGGCAUCAGCUGCCCUCGUUUUGUUUAUCCUGUCUCCGUCGAGUGGAAGACGCUGCUUCUGUUCAGAAUUUUAAAACUGGGGCAAAUUCACCUGAUUUUCAAGGCCGUCAACUCAUUGUUCUAUCAACACAGACGUUCUGAGAAUAACUGUAC